AUGAUAUUAUAGAAAAAAUAUUUUAAUAAUCUAUAAAGUUUUAUAUAUUCUUCACCUUUAUCAUAUUAGGUUCUCCAUAUUAAUCUGAGUUACAAAAGAAUUGGUGAUAAAGGUUCAUCAGAUUUAGGUUCUGCUUUAUCAAAGUGCACUAACCUAUCAACUUUGACACUUAAUCUAUUUACGAAUUAAAUUGGUGCGUUUGGUGCAUCAGAUAUAGGUUCUGCAUUAGGAAAAUGCACUAAUCUCUCAAUUUUGACACUUACUCUUAGUGAAAAUUAAAUUGGUGAUUAAGGCCUUUCAAGCUUAGGUUCUGGUUUAUCUAAUUGCACUAAUCUAUCAAAUUUAACUCUUGGUCUUAGAGAAAAUUAAAUUGGUGAUUAAGGUAUAUUAGGCUUAGGUUAUGGUUUGGGAAAGUGCACUAAUCUAUCAAAUAUUUCACUUUAUCUCGAAGACAAUAAAAUUGGUACAAUUGGUUUAUCAUGCUUAGGUUCUGCUUUAGUUAAUUGCACUAAUCUCUAAAAUUUGAUACUUAAUCUAUAUGCCAAUUUUAUUGGUGAUCAAGGUAUUUCAGGCUUAAGCCCUGCAUUAGUAAACUGCACUAAUCUAACAAAUUUGACACUUAACCUAUAGUGGAAUUAAAUCGGUCCAAUUGGUACAUUAGACUUAGGUUCUGCUUUACAAAAGUGUACUAAUCUCUUAUAUUUGAUACUUGAACUCAAUGAAAUUGAAAUCAAUUAAGCAUCUUAAUUGAUAGUAAAAAGCAAGUGUUUCAAAUCAAAAAGAUUAGUUGUCUCAAAAAUAGAUUUCUUUAAUCAUUUUGAUAUAAAUUACUAUUUUUGA